AUGAUUGCUGGAAGUCUGAGACGGGACGGCAAAGAGACUGGCCGGCAAGGUCGGUUGGUGACGCCACCCUUCAACAUCCCGACCGACCGCGUGCAGCCUCUUUACAGAUCAACCGAUCUCGAGAUCACAUCAGGAACCCUGAUGCAAGCCAGUGGUUUCGGCACUACUAGUUCUGGCGGCUAUUUAUCAUACAGACUGCGUUACGUGAACAUUCCGAGAGUGAGUCGAGCUGAUUGUGUCGCAGCGUAUGGCGAAAGUGAGAUUAAGAAAGGCAUGCUCUGCGCAGGAGAAGCCGGAAUAGAUUCGUGUCAGGGAGACUCGGGUGGACCGCUGGAGUGUAGUGGCAGGCUGUGUGGCGUCGUAUCGUGGGGCUAUGGCUGCGGCUCAGCCAGCUAUCCGGGAGUCUACACACGUGUGGCAAGCUUCAACACGUGGAUCACCAACACGAUUGCUAACAACUAAGCAACGCGGCGCGCGUGACGUCAGCACGCGCGCACGGUGACGUAAGCACAACUGGGUGUCACGUGGCGGCCAAUGGCACUGCUGCUUUUCGGUGAAUGUCCGUUGUAAUAAUGACGUCAGCGGUUUCGUUUUUGUUUUCUGUGCAGUCCUGGUUAUAGCAUCAUCCGGGCACUUCUCGGUCGGCUGCUGUUACAGACGACGUCAGACUUCGUUCUGGCCUGGAUGAUCGAGUUUGAGAUUCUACAUUCGAGCGCAGCAUCCCUCUCCGCCGCCUGUAGAGACACGAGGCACGUAUUAACCAUUCAAAAAAUGUAAAAAAAACACCGUGGAAGUUUACACGUGUGUUUUACAUGAUGGUUGUUGUCAUUGAUGGAGUCACAUGCAUAUUUUGUUCUGAGUGAGGUUAGCAGAGUUAAUAUUAGUUACAUUCCCCAUGAUUCCACGACUGCUGCAAGAGUUUUAGGGGUUAUAUUAUAAUAUUUCGUUAUGUUAUAUUAAGGGGUUAUAUUUAUAUUAUCAAGGGGUUUACAUUUAAAUUCAAUGGUAGCGGUGUUGCGUAUACGUAAUGACGCAAACUGUUGUAAUUUUAGGCUCUGUUUUCGCCAUUACUAUAGAAGAGUUCUGAUUAGUAUUCCAAGGAUUUGUUUUUAUACUGUCAAUGACAUAGCCAGAGGGCGCCAAAACAAUGCGACUAACACAUGGCCAUGUCUAAUGUCCAACACAUAAUCAAUACCAGAAAACUAGCGUACGCCCCUGUUGCAGUGAUACAUGAUCAUGUUAUACUAAUUGUAUCCCAAAUAUAUUGCGAUUUGGAGACAAAACAUGCAGCCUGAAGCACUAAAAUGCUCCGACGUGUGAAUCUACGCCCCAGACAUUGUUGGGUGAGCUUACAGGAACCCCCACCCACCCCAAUUACAUCUCUGUUGAAUGUUGGCUCUAACGUUGACUUAUUCCGACAUGCGUCAGAGUGCACUGUUCGAGAUUAAUGCCCAUACAUGCGGCGAUGUUGCUUUCUUACAUACUUAUAUAUAUAUAUAUAU